UAGAUGGCUAGACUUCCGAAACAGUAAAACCGGGCGAGCGCGUCGGUUUAACGUGGGUGUGCGUCGGUGCGCUUCCGCGUCUACCCCGAGCUCUACUACCUGCUGCACCAGCAGCCCUAUAAACCGAGGACGCUCGUUCGCCGCUGACUAUACCCAUCCGCCAUCAGCUAGCUCCGGAGGGUUACGUGUCCCUCACACCCACGGGACUCUAUAUCUGUAUACCUAUCUACGUGACGUAACCUUCCUUCUCAUAAAUUUGCAACGGUAUGCGUUAACCUGGCUAUCCCGGCCCCUCCCCCCUCAAACCCCAUCGCGACGUCGUUGCGCUAUACGUAUCCGUGCACCGCCGUCCUCGACGUCGUCUUGCCGAUGCGGGGUCGAUCCCAGCCUGAGCGUGUACACAUGUACAGCGUCCCGAUGCGGGUGCCAUCCUUUAACGCUGCAGUUCUUUUCGUUAUCCGAAUUCUCGGUGAUAUUAUCGCGGCGGAUUCUUCGCGGAUGAUGACAGACGGAUCUUCCGUUUUCACGACCACGUACGGAGUCGGACGUUCAAGGGAAUUCGCACGCACCGGACAAUCGAUCGUCGAUCAUUUCAUGUAUGGAUAUACGCGGCGCACCGUCGUUCGAACCGGUUCCCUCUCAAACUUAUAUCCGGUUCACGUUAUGCGGGGUACUAAAAUUUCCCGCCACAUCUCGCCCGGGUUUGCGUGUAUCCGCGAGUCGGUGAACGUGACCGCGCGUCGACGCGUCAUAUUUAUAUAUACACAAUACAUGCAUAUCCCGGCAGACGUUCGCGAUCGUCGCAGCAUCCCGUGCAGGUCGCGGCGUAGCUACCCCUGAGUUUCGAGUUCGAACGCGGCGUAUAGGUUGGCACGUGUAUGUUUACUGCCGGUUUGAGCGGGGGCAUUAACGGGAAGGUAGUAAAUCCGGGUAUGUGUGGGUGCAGCUCGUAUUCUCUGUACACGGUUAGGUACCCCGGUUAUCUGGAAUAGGUGGGUUUGUACGAGGGGGGGUUCGGGGGGGUUCCGUGCAAUUUCGUUGUGUCGGUGCGUCUAGACCGGGCACAGACCGCGUCGUUCGCCCCGUAGUACCGGGUAGCCCGUUACCCGUCUCUUUCCGCCCCAUAUGGCAUCCCUACCUUCUGCCAAUUUCCAACCCUCGACUUUCCACUACCACGCGGCAGCUGUAGCGGCGGCAGCCUCGUGUCACGGGAUCCCGUUAACCGCCAACUGUCAGGGGGAGUUCAUCCUCGUGCGCCGUGCGGAAUUCUCCUCCUCUGUACCUUCAGAAACAGUUUCCACAACCUCCAGUUUCAGGAAGCCACUUGUUUUGCCGCGUUGUUCCGGCGCAGCUAUAUCAACUGAAACGGGUCGAGGGAAUAUCGUUCGGUUCGAUAUCGAACUAACAGAGGGUGUAUCUUUUGCGAGAAUUAUUUUCGUCGAUACGAUGACAUCGGUUAUCGGAUAAGCUGCUCGAUGGAUUGCUACUAGUGAUGUAAUUUUGAGAGGGAUAAAUUUUCUUGACCGAAGAUUCGUUGCCGUUCCGUUUCGUGUUCAGGAAUCGGUGGAGCCGUAAUGAGAAGAAAAAUGAAAAAAAAGAACAAGACGCCCACGUGGUGAGCAGCUUUAUUUGCGGGUCGAAUUCAUGAUGACAUGAUAUCGUCGCACAAGAUCUGGGCGACACGGAUGUAUGUAUGUACAUACACAAUGAUACAGCAGUCCGGGUUAUAGCAACUCGGUUAUAAAUUUAAACCCUAACCAGAAAGUCGAAACGAGGACUGAGGUCUACGAGUUGUUACUGAGGACGAACAAGACCGCAAAUUCUUGCGUACAGCAACACCCCAAACAAAAUACAAAACUAUAAAAGUGAAUAUAUAUAUUACAGAAAGCAGAUCCGAGACAAGACUUUCGAGUCAGUAGAAACGUUAAUCUCUAAAUAGGAUGAGAGAACAGAGCUAUACUCGAGCGGAUAAUAGCGUGAUAAUUUUAUCAAUAACCACGUCUACAUAAUGAAUUUCAUACUUUUUAUAACAAAGAUAUAUCUAGUUAAUUAUUCAAGGCUAGUGGGUUGUAUCAAUUCUUCAAUCAACGCAACGACUGCUGUAAAGCCUUGAGGCUUUUUGAGGCUCGUGAAAGAGAUUUGAAACCACUGUUUGAAACUAUUGGUGCCCUUUUAGUAAUCGAAGUCAGUCGACGUCGAACCGAUACAAUUCGAUAUGCGGCGACGCCAUUUUAAAAUGAAUCGAUUUAAACAGCCCUGUUCUCAACACUUGAUAUGGCAGGCACCGUGUGUUUUCUGCGGUCCCAAUCGUUAAUUGAAACUAACUCGUAAACAAAGUGUGUACAUUGUAGUCUGUCAAGUUAAUGUUAAG